AUGCGCAUUAAUAAGCUAUGUGCUAAUGCACAUAAGUGCGUCUUCGGGGCCGAAGAAAUUCCCUUUUUAGGGUGCUUCAUUGGGAAGCGAGGCCUAAGAGCGGAUCCCGCCAAGGUCAAAGCCAUAGUUUAUUGGCCUGUUCCAAAGUCUCAGAAGGACUUGCGUAAAUGGCUUGGUCUUUCCAAUUGCUUACACAAGUACAGCGAGAAUUACGCUGAUAUGGCUCGGCCAUUAUCCAAUCUCCUUAAAAAGGAUGUGGAAUGGUGUUGGCAUGCCGAACAUGAGGAUGCUUUUCAAGCGGUGAAGGCUAGCCUUCUUCAUGCUCCUAUUUUAGCUUUUCCAGACCCUGACCGACCGUUUAGCGUCGUCUGUGACGCGUCGGAUUUUGCCUUUGGCAGUGCCCUGUUACAAACAGAUGAUGAAGGUCGUGAGCGUGUAAUCGCUUGUGAAAUCUCGCCAGCUGAAAGCUGCAGAAAGAACUAUCCAGUUCAUGACAAAGAGCUACUUGCAAUGAAGUAUGCUCUGGUCAAAUUCAGAGUUCAUCUGCUGGGCUCAAAGCCUUUUGUGAUCGAUACCGAUCAUGCGUCUUUAGGCACUGCGACUCAAUCGCCGCAUCUCUCGCAGAGAAUGUCCCGAUGGCUGUCAUUCUUUGCCGAAUAUAAUUUCGAGGUGAAAUAUAAGCAGGGUGAGCAAAAUGCUUUGGCUGAUGCGUUGUCACGCAGACCUGACUAUGAGCUUGCUCAUGUUACGACGUUGUCGUCUUCUAUCAUUGAUCUCAUUAUACAGUGA